AUGGCGUCUGGAAGCCUGCUGAGACGGGCAAGUUCUCCAAAGUAUCCACAUGGUCCAAAGUAUCGUGGACGCCGCGGCUGCUGUGAUUUGUCCAUUUACUUGAGCGUCCUGGGACCUUCCGAGGAGCGUGCACCCGUCGCCAGAAUGUACUCUGUGGAUGUACCUCCUCUAGAUCUACGUACUGACGGCCAAUUCGAGCAAGAGAAGGUAAGACGAUUGAUUGUUCCUUCUUUCCCAGUCGCUGUUGACUGGGGUGCUUCAUCGCAAGUUGCAGAAAGGGAGCAUUCACCUUACCCCGCGACAUCGACUACCUACACCUUUGAUACGAAGUACAAGUACCCAAACAAGCACACCCUGAUGCGUCCUUCUAUUUUUCUGCGUCGGCGCCGAGGUUCAACCAAACUCUCAAGUUGCUCUUUCGGUAACAUUGGGCUCAAGACUCGACUUGAAACGGGCAGCUCGAACGAACAUACAGCCGACCUCAAGCAUCAACUGAACCAGCAGCUGCCAGCCUCAACUUCAUCAAAUCCCUAG